AUGAGCUUCGCGUACGAGUUUACAACUGAUUGGCAAUUCCGAUCCUAUCCAAACGACGCUGGAUCUCACAGGUGUGCUCAACAAACCAUAACCGUACUGGAAUUCUCAGAACAGAUAUGUAUAACUCCGAGAAAGGAUGACGAGUGGACGGAUACUGAAGGGCUAAGGUGGUUCAAUAACUAUUUCCGUAGAAUGGAUAGCCCGGUGACGUGGAUCCGCUCACCCACGGGUGGGCAUCAAGGAGUCGCACGCACUUUGAAGAGAAUAAAAUUGGAACACGAAUGGCCUCACAUGCGGAAGGACAUCGGAAGACAUAAAAAAUUCGACGAUACCAUUGCCGCGUUGGCAAAGGAAGCACCAUACGAAAUAGCUGAGUUCAAGCACAACCCCGGGAUUUACUUCGAAAUGAUAGCGACUCUACAGAUCUACAAGGUUAAGUGGAGCCUGGUGGUCAACAUGGAUUUGGAUAGUAUCUUUCAACGCCAUAGAAGUAGGUCACACUUAGGAAAAAUGAGUAGGAUAUGUAGCAGGCAAGAAAAUACGGAAUCAACGCUAUGCGAGUCUCUCGAUGAAGACAUAGGUGGCAUGUUAAACAAAGUUGAAAAAAACCUAGAUGUAUUAAAUGACGUAGGUUGCAGAAUCGACGAGGAAAUAGAAGCUCUUUGUAACGACCAGACAAACCUGAAGUCAGCCAUGCAGAAGCAGAUACAGAUCAUCUCCUCCACCUUAGAAAUCUUCAACGGCUCCAUGAACAACAUUGAGAGCAACGAAAAGGCACUCAGGGAGGCGACGAGACAAUUAGAAACGAGCCUAAGCAACGCCAUAGAUAGAACUUCUGCGAGACUAGACGCAGAUGAGCAUAUAGAAGAAGUUGGGCUCAUCGUAGAAGCGCUAUUAGACGACGUCAAGGACCUUGUGGACUUCUUGAUCGACAUAAGCAAGGGCACGAUCAACCCGAAAGUACUACCGCCUACCAAAAUAUUAGAGUAUUUAGCAUCUGCCCUACCACACCUACCACAAGGGUACAGCUUCCCUAUACCUUUGACGCGUUCCGGGAUUCCAGCAUUAAUGACGAUUGCCGAUAUACAGUCUUAUGGACACGAUAAUAACGUAGUGACCGUCAUAGAAAUACCGCUAGUUGGAAACGAGGAGUACAACGUCAAUAAAAUACACCCCCUUCCGGUACGCGCGUGGAACAAUACGUAUCAUUAUUUGGAAACCACAGAGGAACUCGCCGUAGUAGAUCACGGGUAUCGAAAUUAUGUGCGGAUGCGCCAAUCCGAUCUAGAAAGCUGCAAGCACUUGGGAGUAUACUAUUUGUGCGACCUUCGACACCCGACAAACGUGAUUCCCGACCAGUUCCCUUGUGAAAUUUCGAUAUUCGCGAAAACUGACAUUCAACUCGGAGAAUGCCCGAAAAGAGCAGUACAGCUAGGCAGGACGGUGUUGAUUACGUUAGAUGCAUCAAACUCGUGGGCAUUUGUUGCACCGAAACCCGAGACUAUCGCGAUUACUUGUAACGAAAAUCCCGUCCGACACGAAACGUUAGUAGGAUCUGGCACGAUAACUUUCAACGGGAAACGCAAGAACUCAGCCUGCACUCAACCUGCAUUCAACCUGAGUCUACACGAAGACGAUCUCAAAGCGAUCCCUCUUGCCAACAAUAUAAGCGGCAAAAUCGUAUUGAAAGGAGUACUUCGCGGGGCGGAAGUGAACUCUUUAGGCUCUAGUUUAAAUGAUUUACGUAAUAAGUUGUACAGCGAUCAAGCCAACUAUGCAGCGCAUUGGUCACAUGCCUCAAUCACGUACUUGAUAAGUAGUUUCAUAGUAAUUGUAUUCCUAGGGUACAUAGCGUAUAAGUAUAUCAUCAGACGAAGAAGUACUGCAGUUAAAGACUAG